AUAAUCCAACGUCGAGCAUUCGAGAACUGAACCAUUAUAUUUAGGACUUUUUUGGUAAUAGUCCUUUUAGAGAGAGAGAGGGACCUUCGGGUGGCGCUUCGGGAAGAACAAAACCGGCCGGCGACUGCGAGUACUAACCGAAAAGCACAAUUGAAAAGCCCCAAAGAACCGAAAAAAGUUUCAAAAUUUGAAAUUGUUGGAGCAAUUAAUCCAAAACCCAUCAAUGCCUCGACAAUUCCAAAGCUCUUGCUCUUAUAUAUGAAUGUAUAUGUGUGUGUAUGUUGCAGCAGCUUCAAAGGCCAACAGUUGAUAGAGAUCUCCAUUCUUUUUCAGUACCGAUACAUUGGUUAAAAAUAUGCGUGUUCCUGGAAAGAAAUCAUCCUUUAAGGAGUACGGGAAACCCGGUUAUUCCGGCUCUCUGGCAAACCUAACUUCGUCGCCAAAAGUUAAAAAACCAAAAUCAAAGUCGUCCAAGACCAUUAUUGCUUCAGCCUUGUCAAAGAAGAGAGGCGCCAACUCUUCAAGCAAGGCGUCAAGGAAUUAUGAUGCUGACAAUAAAUUGCUGAGUAGAAAAGGAUUUCGUAAAGAGCAUGAUACAGAUUCUUCCAAAAAUCCGUCUGCUGUGAAACUUCAACACAACAAGUUAUCAGACAACGGCUCUGAUGAGAGAGGAGAAAAAAGGAGGAGAAAGAAGAAACCGAAAAAGGAUAAGGAGGAGUUGGAUGAAACUUCUCGCUUGCAGAGGAGGACAAGGUACCUUUUGAUUAAAAUAAAACUGGAGCACAACCUUAUUGACGCUUAUGCCGGUGAAGGUUGGAAGGGUCAGAGUCGAGAAAAGAUUAGGCCUGAAAUGGAACUACAGAGAGCCAAUAAGCAGAUUUUAAAUUGCAAGCUUGGAAUCCGUGAUGCAAUUCAUCAACUGGAUUCUCUGAGCUCAGUAGGAAGCAUUGCAGAUUCUUUUAUUUCUCCAGAUGGAUCUGUUUCUCAUGAACAUAUAUUCUGUGCAAAGUGCAAGUUGAACGAAGCUUUCCCUGAUAAUGAUAUUAUACUAUGUGAUGGGACAUGCAAUUGUGCAUUCCACCAAAAAUGUCUUGAUCCUCCCUUGGAUACUGAAAAUAUUCCUCGAGGAGAGCAAGGUUGGUUUUGCAAAUUUUGUGAGUGUAAAAUGGAAAUACUAGAAUUAGUAAAUGCUCAUCUGGGGACCUGCUUUCCCAUGAACAGUGGUUGGCAGGAUGUCUUCAAGGAAGAAGCCACUUUCCCCCAUGGCAAGAAUUCCUUAUUAAAUCCAGAUGAAGAAUGGCCUUCGGAUGAUUCUGAAGAUGAUGAUUAUAAUCCAGAGAGGAACGAGAACAGCUGCAGCAUCAGCAGGGGAGGCAGCGAUGACAUUGCAUCAGAAGAGGAAUUGUCAACUGAUGUCAGUGUAGGUUCUGAUGUAUCUACUGACGGGGAAAUUGUUUCCAGCCGCAGACAGAAAAGAAGUGUUGAUUAUAAGAAGUUAUAUGAUGAAAUGUUUGGAAAAGAUGGUCCUUUGCUUGAACAAAUUAGUGAUGAUGAAGACUGGGGUCCCGGUAAAAGAAAGCGGAGAGGGAAUGAAUCUGAUGCAGCCAGCACUCUUAUGACUCUCUAUGAAAGUGAAAGAAAUCCAGAUGUUGACCGUUCAGAAAAGAAAUCCAGCCAACACUCUUCAGAUACGCAAGUUAGAAGGUCAUGUUUCCGAAUUCCUCGAAAUGCAGUAGAGAAGCUCCGCCAAGUGUUUUCUGAGAAUGAACUUCCUUCUAGAGCUGUCAAGGAUAAUCUUUCAAAAGAAUUGGGCCUUAAUCCUGAGAAGGUAAUGGCGAUGGAUGAACUACAGAUUGUUUGUGCCUUCUUGAACAAUCAACUAAUUCGUUGCUCGGUUAGUAAAUGGUUCAAGAACGCACGUUACUUAGCUCUGAAAACCAGAAAGGGAGCGAGUGGUAAAGACCUUGACACUUUUACUCCUGGAAUCUCCAAGGCACCGGGAUAUGAAAAUGUGACUGGAAAAGCUGCUGAUCUCAUGGCAUCAGAUUCAGAUGAUGAUACCUUAGCUGAAACUGUCGUCCAUUCGCCAAAGAAUGCUAAGGCCUUCCGGAGAAAGCAUCCAAAAUCACUAAGCAGCCCUUUGAAGAAGAGUCAACAGAAGGGUCCUUCGUGUGGGUCACGUGCAAAGAGCAGCAAGGUCUUUGUCCUUCAGAAUAAGGAAGAAGAAUUCUGGUAUAUCAGAGAAUUCUUCAGGAACCCUCGCCUUUGCCUUCCUCAACUAGUUCACUUGGAUGGAAAAGAGUUGAGUGAUGAUGUGAGCUUGAAGAAGCUUAGGAAUACACGAACAAAGGAGAAGAGAGCCAACCUUAUCGCUGGAGGAGGUGAAGAUGGAUGUCGAGUUCCAGAGCUCGAAAUGGAGAGACUAUGUAAAGCCAAAGGUAGGCUAGAAUACAUGAGACAGAAAUUAUUGAAAUUUCAAAUCGUGAAGGCAAAGCAGAAAUCAAAUAUAUCUCGAUUGCAUGAACAGUCUGUGAUUUAUGUUCCAAUAGCAGAAGUAAAGGAAAAUGUUUGAUGAUUUGACAGUUUUCUGAAUGAAAUAUAGCAUUUUUUUGUAUCA